ACCGGCUAUCCGGCAGUGUCCGGGCUCCUACUCUAUGGUUGUCCGCCCUUGGCGCUUCCUCUCUAGCCCAUCGUGCUCUAUGCUCCGCGGUGUCGGGCGGUCAGCCCGCCAGCAGGGAGGGGUGCGCAGAGGGAGGCGGGGCGGAAAGGCGAGAGGUGUCUGAUCCGCCCGAGCCGCGGGAGACCCGAGCAAGCUCCGUGACAGCUAGCCCGCCGCCAUGUCAGCGAGUGGAGUGAGAAGCGGACUCGGCGCCCGACGAUAGCGCGGCUUUCGCCUCGAAUUCCCAGACAUGGAAGGACUUCAAUGAAAUUUUAAAUGGUUCAGAAAAGCAUGCGCUAAUGGAUGACAGCAAUCCUCCAACUUAUAAUCUGCAGAUAGAAUCACAAGAUGGGUGUCAUCCAGGUGACAGUGCAGAAAGGAGAGUGACACACUUGCCUUCUGCAUCAGAUGAAAAUGAAAAUCAGCUUGAUGGAGAUGGGCCUGAGCUUCUGACCAGCAGUGGUAGUGCAAUGGGGAAAACUGAAGUGUUGGAGCAAGACAGUCUCAACAAUAAUGAAAGCUGCAUGUCCAACUGUGAGGUGGCUGCAAGCGAGAGCUCAGAAAACACUUGGUGUGAACACCCUGAAGAGGAACAGGACUUCUUGGGAAAGGACAAAAGAAUACUUGGAAAAAGAAGUACAAAAAGCAAAAAAGGCACUAUUAAGAAGAUACCACCAGAUGAUCCAUCCUUAAUACAAGAAAAGAUACUGAGUGCAGCCACGUAUGCCAUUGGUGUUGAUGAGACUGCUGAAGUCAAUGCUAAUGAUCAACCUGAAGCUCCAAGGCUCGCUCUGCAGUCUCUCUUCUCACUUAUACGAGGAGAAGUUGAACAGUUGGAUUCAAGGGCACUUCCCCUCUGCCUUCACCAGAUAGCAGAAUCGUAUUUCCAGGAAGAAGACUAUGAGAAAGCAAUGAAAUUUAUUCAGCUUGAACGAUUGUAUCAUGAACAGUUGCUGGCAAAUCUUUCUGCCAUUCAAGAACAGUGGGAAGCAAAAUGGAAAACUGUACAGCCACAUACAGUUACACCUCUAAGGAAUUCAGAAAAAGGAUUUAAUGGUGAAGAUUUUGAGCAGCUUGCAAAAAUUUGCUCCACACAUCAAGAUCCUCUUUUAUCCAAACAUAAGAUAGAAGCUAUAGAAAAGUCUCUGCAAAGAAAAUGUUUUACUCAGCUAAACGUGCCUGAAGAAUCACAGGCAAAAGGGGCGACUGCCAAAGAAUCGGAGAGUGGAACUUGUCUUGGCAUGGAACCAAGUGUAAAAAGCCCUCAUAAAGAAGAGCCCCAGAAGAGCAGUGCCGGCCACAGUCAGAUGGACAGCCCAGCAGAUUCCCUGAGCCUUCCAGUAACUGCAGGAAAGGACCACACGGAGGAGCCACUCUGCAGCACUGAAGCCUCGCUGGAGCUCCACGCCCAAUCCUCAGAGACAGCUGGGAGCAGCUCAGAGCCAGACUCUGCUGAGAAUGCUUGUGAGACUAUCAAUUGCUUGCAGGAGGCUCCCACAGAGAACUGCCCAGAUGUGGCCACGCUAGAGGCCAUUGCUGACGACCCUAAGGUGUUACCCUCUAGUGAGUCAGUGAUAGAGCCAUUGAUCUUACCAGGCUGUGAUCAUAUACCUCCUGUGUUGAUUUCUGAGGGUAAAUUUUCACAGACUCAAAGAAAAGAACUUCAUUUGCCACUUCAGGAUGCUUCUAAGGCGGUGCCUGUGGACCAACCUGAGAACAAUGAAUUAAAUACGCUGCUGCAACCUGAUCUCACAGACAGUGAUGGAAAAUCACCACAGAGUCAGACUGACUCAGAGAUUGGCUCUCAAAAUGUGUUUUGUGAAAAUAAUAAAAUAUCUGCCUUGAGCACACUGCCUCCAGAAGUGUAUAUGGCCCCAGAGGAUAAAGGAGAUAAGGAAGAUCGAGUUGGUAAAGAAACAGAAGACUACUUGAAUAGCCUUUUGGAAGGAUGCUUAAAAGAUACUGAAGAUUCUCUUUCCUAUGAAGAUAACCAAGAUGAUGAUUCUGAUCUCCUUCAAGAUCUUUCUCCUGAAGAAGCAUCCUAUAGUCUGCAGGAGAGUCUGCCUUCUGAUGAUAGCUGUCUUUCUCUUGAUGAUCUUGCGAAAAGGAUAGAAGUUGCAGAGGUUGUUCCUGCUGAAGGCCUGGUGUCAAUAUUAAAGAAGAGGAAUGAUUCUGUAGGAGAUCAUCCUGCCCAAAUGCAGCAGAAACCAUCUAAGCGAAGAGUGAGAUUCCAAGAAAUAGAUGAUAACUUGGAUCAAGAUGAAGUCGGAGGUAGCUCCUGUAUUUUACUUAUCUUGCUGUGCAUAGCAACAGUUUUCCUUAGCAUUGGCGGAACUGCAUUAUACUGCACUUUCGGGGACAUGGAAUCACCUGUUUGUACAGACUUUGCAGAAAACGUGGACUUCUAUUACACAAAGUUCCUGCAGGGAAUGGCAGAAGUGAAACACUGGAUCUACCUCUCAUAGCCACAUUCAAGAGGACAGGCAUGUUGGCAGCGUGAAUGAAAGAUAUGAAACUUUCUCAACAGCUUUUAUUUUAGGAGUUCUGGAAUAUUCCCCCCUCUCGUCUUGUCAAGGACCUGGGGACUUCAGUAGUAGCCACUUUCUAAAUGGCAGCCAGAGGAACUUUUUCAAGUAAUGCUCAUAAAACAAAUAUCGAUCUAAACAUUGUGGACUGAGAGGGUGGUCUUGGAGGAGCGAGUGUAUUCAUCUCCCCCUCACUGCUUUGUACUGUAAGGAGUACACUGGGCAGGAUAUGCAGAGCAGUGUUGGAACCAUACUAUUUUUAGCUACUUUGUCAAGCUACAAGUGAAAGGACACUUCUGGUUUAUGUCUCUUGGUCCUUAGGCAUUGCUUACAGCCAUCAUGCAAUAAGUUUGUAAUCAAAAUCAGUUACCUUAUAAUUUCAAUGUUAUUUUUAGUUAACCUUGAGAGCUAUGUAAUUUAGGCUUUUUGCAUUAUCUCCAGUUUGUGUUCUCCAUUUCUGUGUGCUUCAAGCAAUUAUCCAAAUAUCCAACAUAGAAUAAUACAAAGAUUAUCUUUAUUCUUUUAAAUUCACUAUGAUGUGCAGGCACAAAUCUUUGAAGAAGGCUUAAUUGUGGAAUAGAUGAACUGUGGAAAUGUUGGCCCUGAAAUGAACUCUGACAGAGGCAUGGCAUUGAACUCAGCAGGCCUGAAAGAAAGUGAAAGAGCCUUCCCUGAGUCUCAGAUGAUGGUUUCCUCAUGGAUUUAGCGCUUCCUGAAAUGAUGAGUGCUGGAUUCAAUUCAGUACUUACUGAGCACCUGUUAUGCUCUGAGAAUCUAAAAACCAGAAUAUGAAUAUAAAUAAGAUAUAAUUCCUGCAUAUAUGUUUUAAUUCUGGUCUUAUGUAAAGUAAACCAGUAUUUUGGCAAGUGAAAGUAAAUUAUAUAUAACUCAGUAUUAGCAGAUCGUGCAUUCAGAUGUUUCAGAUGUGCAUUCCUAUCAUGGACUUGAUUUAGACCGUAUCAUGGGGUUGUUAAGCCAAAAUUCAAUCACACCUUAAAUAGGCAAAUGUCUGCAUUUUGUUUAAAUCUGUCAGGUGGCCUUUCCUUAUUUAAGGUACAGUGGUCUAACAUUUGGGAAGCCUUGCUUUGACUUUUUUAUAUUGUAGACAACAUUAAAAAAACAUGAAUUAUAGUUUUUUAGCAAGUGAUUAUUUCCUGUUUUUCUGUUAGGUUCAUUUCAAAGAAAAAGGUAGACAUUGGUUUCUAGUUGUUACUGGCUGG